GGCCCAAAGGAAACAUGGCGCAGAGCUCAUCUCAUAUAGCAGUGAUAUAUUUUAUGUCAACGUACUAUUUUAGCAUUUUAUCUUUGUCUUUUUUAAUCACUUUUGGACCACUCAAAUCAGUAAAGAGCGAUGAUGUGUUCAGUGCAAGCCACACAGCCACAGUGUCCAUUUCUGCCGCUAGAGAUCUGCGGUACCUUUUGUAUGACGUGAACCCUCCAGAGGGUUUCAAUUUGCGGAGAGAUGUCUAUAUUCGGAUGGCCUCUCUGGUAAAGACUUUGAGGAAAGAAGGGGAUGACUGGGUAUUGGUUGUUCCACCAUGGGGUCGCCUCUACCACUGGCAAAGUCCCAAAAUCGACCAGAUCCGCAUCCCAUGGGGAGAGUUCUUCAGUCUCACUAGCCUGCAGGCCAAUGUGCCUGUCAUUGAGUAUGAAGAAUUCAUUGCAGAGAACGGGGGCCCGUUUAUAGACCAGGUCCUGGUACUGCAGAACUAUGCUGAGGGAUGGACUGAUGGUAAAUGGGAGGAAAAAGUUGAUGAACGGCCAUGCAUUGAGAAGUUGAUGUACUCCAAAGAUAAACAGGGCUACUACAGGGGCUGGUUUUGGGGUUACGAUGAGACAAGAGCCCAUAAUGUAACAUGUGUAUCAGCUCAAGGCCAUGCCUCAAUCAUGGCACCGGUUCUUCAGAGCAACAUCACAGCAACAUCAGUCAUGCUUGAUCGAGCAGAGACACUCCUGCAUGAUGUCUAUGCGGGAAAGGAUUACUGGGAUACUCGUCGCAGCAUGGUCUUUGCAAAGCACCUACGACUCAUAGGAGACGGAUUCAGAGGAAAGUACCUGAACUCUACAGAUGGCGGAGACAGUACGAUAUACAGUGAGGACUGGACCCGCAUGAAGGCUAAGCCUGGCUCAGCCAAAGGGGGUCCAUAUCUUGCGGUCCAUCUGCGCAGAAAGGACUUUAUCUGGGGUCACAGGGAGGAUGUACCCAGCCUGAAGGGGUCAGUCAAAACAAUUCGCAGCUUGAUGAAGAAACACAAACUUGACAAAGUGUUUGUUGCGACAGAUGCAGACGGCGAAGAAUUGAGGGAGCUGAAAAGGUUGUUGCCAGACAUGGUGCGGUUUGAGCCAUCCAAAGACGACCUGGAGCUCCUUAAAGAUGGAGGAGUGGCCAUCAUUGAUCAGUGGAUAUGUGCCCAUGCAAGAUUCUUUAUAGGAACAUCAGUGUCCACCUUCUCUUUCCGCAUCCACGAAGAGAGAGAAAUCCUGGGUUUUGACCCAAAAACUACAUACAACCGUUUCUGUGGAGAUACUGAGAAGGAAUGUGAACAGCCAACACACUGGAAAAUUGUCUACUAAUGUGACCUCAAACCUCUCUAAGACGCAAGUGCCAUGGCAGUGUUAACCCAUUUAUCUUUUUCUACGGAUACAAGAUAUUUAAACUGUUAUUUUUCUUUCUUUUCUUUUUUAUUCUUCCUGUUCACAGUGUUGUGCAAUCAAGUGGCCCCUGAACUUUAUGCCCAGAAAUGCAGACUGGGCUGCCAAAAAAUGUAUUUCAUUUAUGUUCAACAAUUAAAUCUGCAUAUAUUUUUACGUUUGAUGUUCAGCGUGGAUUAUUUCUUUUAUAAGAACCUUUUAUUUUUUUUUUAAAUAUGUCAUAUUUAUUUGCAGUCAAAGCAGAAGUUGUAAAGAAGAACGCUGAUAAUUACUCUGCAUUGUGUGUUUAGUUGUAUUUUCAGUUUACAUUUCAUGAUAUUUAUAACAUGUUUAUUGCUUGAGCAACAAAGUAUUCCUUGAAAUUUUAAGAUAAAAACAAUACAAGUUAAUGAUGAAUUUAAUGUAAGCCAUUCUUAAUUGGAGGAAGCGUCUUAGUUUUCAUGUAAUCCACUCAAAUUGCAUUUACAUUGUCUUCUUGCUUAUAUGAGUCAAGUGAAAUACAUUUUUAUCUGAGACUCAAGAUCCAAUUUCUGCGAUUAAGAUAUGACACAAGGCACCACAUCACAUCGUUGCUGAUAUCAGAGUUUUUCUACUUUGUACUGUAUAUAACAUGAACAAUCAUUGUAAUGUUAAAUAUGUUUAGCUUUGUAUUUAUAAACCUUGCUUGUAUUUUUUGUUAUUAUUAUUACUAAAAAAAUUACUAAAACAGAGGUUUAACUGAUCAAACCUGUUUGCCGUGGACAGGGAAUAGUCCACAUUCCUGGCCCUCGCCCCAGUCUGAAAACAAUGGAGUGUAUAAUGUCUAGUUUCAUUUUAUUUCGCACUAUUUUUUCCAGUGGAUUUUAAACAUGAAGAAAAAUUCUAAGUGAAAGUGAUGUCUUUUUUAAAAUAUUUUUUUAAUAUAGUGUCUAUUUCAGUGACUCUGUUGGUGGCAACCAGAGAAUAAGAUGUAAAGCUCCUGCUUACACUUCCCAGCCAAUCAAAACUGAAAGAUGUUUAAAUACUUCAAUAGGUUUUCCAUUGUGUGUCAUUUAUAUAGCGACUCUUGCGUGUAGCGGCAGUUGUGUUGAGCAUGCAUCAAGUCAGACAGAGAAGAGUAUGCUCAGGGACCUUGAACUUCACCAGCCCAAGGAAUGAUCCUUGUGUUUACACUGCAUCUUGCUUCACUGUAUUUGUGAGUCUUUUUCCGCAUGCUUUCAUCAAACAGGAAAACCAGUAUGGCUACCCUUAUGAUGGACGUCUGGCUGUUUCACAAUGCAGCCGUGUCAAAUGUCACCCAUAGUCAUCUGUGGCCCAACCCUAGAGCUUUUCAUACUUCAUUGUUUUCAAUUAUUCUUUUGCAUAAUUCUGGUAAUGGAAAGAAUGUGUUUUUAGUACUGGUGACAUAACAGCAGUUUGUGCUCUAACAGGAGGUUUAUAUACCACGGCAAGAAAAAAUAUGUGAACUGAACUGAACUGAUCAAAUUUUUAUUUAGAUCACAUCAGCAUCUGCUGAUAUGAACCGUGCUUCAGAAAGAGGAGAUCUGAAGGCAAUUUUUUUAUUUAACAAUAGUUGAUAAACAUCUGCAUGAAGCUGGAAUCUCAAGUUAAGAUGUGAAGGUCCAGAAAUAAACCACAUAAAGACUGUGUUGUACUGAAGAAGCUGGGUGCGACGCCCAGGCAAGAUGAGUCUGCACAACCCAGGAUCCUCACUGACGUAAACAAGAACCCACCAGUAACAGUAAAGGCUGAAAAACCUGACUGAGACUGGAAAACAUUUCUGUUUGUGGCAGACACCAUUUUUGCAAAAUAAUACAAAGCCAAUAAAAAAAACCAGCAAUUGUUUGGUAAAGGAAAGCAUUGCACCAAGGUACUGCAGCUUAAUGUAUGACAUGGUUUUUUUUUUGUGUUAUAUUUGCAUUUCUUUGAUUUAUUUUUACAUUUUCUCUACUUUCUUUGUCCAAAUCUCAAAACUUUUGCUGCUAUAAACUGUGCAUUUCUUUAUCAUGGGACUAAUAAAGAAAUUAUUAUUCUAAA